AAAAAUAGGGACUUAGAUCUCGCAGGCUGGCUUGCUCAUCGUCUUCACGCGGCCAGAUCUCACCUUCGCCAUCAAUCAUGGACGACGAGCAUAGAUCUGUUGCAACUUGAAAGCCUCUAGCUAGCUAUAAAAUCAGGCAACCGGACGGUACACACAUACAACUUACAAGCCUCUAGCUAUAAAAUAAGCCGACUCCACCUAUUUAUUUUUAUCGGCGUGCGGUAACUAAAAUUGUUAGUCUAAAUUUGUGUGAACCACCAGGUUAGAACUCUUCUCUACUAGUAGUGAUAACAGAGAGUGUCAUUAUACAGUAACGCCGGCGGCCGCCACGGGCUACGCACCGAGAAGAACCAACGGCGUACGCCAUGGCACACGCCGACGGCACUGCCGAUGAUGGUGCUACGGCGCCGCUGCUCGCGUCGUCCACGAAGUCCGGCAAGCCGCCGCGCCGGAACAUGUACGCCUUCGCCUGCGCCACGCUCGCGUCCAUGACCACCAUCCUCAUGGGCUACAAUCUCGCGCUGAUGAGCGGCGCGCAGCUGUUCAUCCGGGAGGACCUGGGCCUGUCGGACGCGCAGAUCGAGGUGCUCGCGGGCUCCAUCAACGUGUUCAUGCUCAUGUCCAUCCUCGCUGCCGGCUGGGCAGCCGACCUGCUCGGCCGCCGCGGCACUCUCGUGCUGGCCAACGUCUUCCUCAUGGCCGGCGCGCUCGCCAUGUCGCUGGGCGCCAGCUACCCUGCGCUCAUGGCCGCGCGAUGCAUCACCAGCGUCGGCUCCGGCUUCUCCAUCGUUGUCACCUCGGUUUACAACGCCGAGAUAUCGCCGGCGUCCAUGCGCGGCUUUCUAUCGUCGUUUCUUGACAUGUUCGUCAGCCUCGGCUUACUUCUGAGCUACGUGUCCAACUACGCCUUCGCCGGCUUGCCGGUGCACCUUGGCUGGCGCACCAUGUAUGCGGUGGGCGUGCUUCCGCCGGUGCUGCUCGCCGUGGGCGUGCUCGCCAUGCCAGAGUCGCCGCGGUGGCUCGCGAUGCGCGGGCGCCACGCGGAUGCGCGCGCGGUGCUCGUGCGCACCUCGGACACCCCGGCCGAGGCCGACCUGCGCCUCGAGGAGAUCAAGCAGGCCGUCAAAGAGGAGCCACAGCCACAGGGUAGCAGCGAUAGUGACGGAGGCAACGCCUGGAAGGAGCUGCUCGUCCGGCCGUCGGCGAGCGUGCGCCGGAUCCUCGUCUGCGUCGUCGGCGUGCACUUCUUCCAGCAAGCCUCCGGCAUCGACGCCAUCGUGCUCUACAGCCCGCUGGUGUUCCGCAAGGCCGGUAUGUCGUCCAACAAGGCCAUCCUCGGCGCCACCAUCGGCGUCGGCGUCGUCAAGAUGUGCUUCGUCCUGGUGGCCACCCUCUUCUCGGACCGCCUCGGACGGCGACCGCUCCUCCUCGCGAGCACGGCCGGCGUGGCCGCGUCCAUGGCGUCGCUGGGCGUGACGCUCUGCAUCGGCGUGGCGUCGGCCGCGAGCAUGGCGGCCAGCGUCUUGUCGGUGCUGGCCUUCAUGGCAGCGUUUUCGAUUGGGUUCGGACCGCUAGCGGGCACGUACAGCGCCGAGAUCAUGCCGCUGCGCCUACGUGCGCAGGGCGCCAGCUUGGGCAUGGCGGUGAACCGGCUAACGUGCGCGCUGGUCAGCAUGACGUUCAUCUCGCUCGCGGACGCGAUCACCAUGCCCGGAUGCUUCUUCCUGUACGCCGUCGUGGGGGCGGCCGCAUGCGUGUUCGUGUAUGCGCGGAUGCCGGAGACCAAAGGCCGGAGUCUCGAGGACAUGGACGUGCUCUUCGCCAAAUGAAAAUCUAUCCAAAGGAUGAUGACUUCAUCACCAGUGGCGCAGGCAGUGCGAUGGUUCUCUCGCUAAGAGUUUUGUAUCUUCUUUUUUUCCACUACUAUACUGUUGAUGUAAUAUUAAGUAUUGUUAGGAAUAAAAGAUAAGGCAUGCAGGGUUGUUUAUCUCUCCUAGAAUCUCGGCACUAUUGUUGCCUUCGGUUGUAUCCCAUGCAUGUAAUCUUUUUCUAUAUAAAGAGACCUGGGCGUACCUGAGAUGGUGCAGCCUUUCAUUAUCCUAA